UUUCCCCACAGCCCUCGGAGCUCAGGGUCCGGCCGAGGUUCCAGCUGCGAGCUCUUCGCGGGGAGAGGCGCGGGGCCCGGGGCCGGUGGUCGGCGGACGGGGGCCGGGAAGAGGGAGCGAGGGUAGCAGGGGAGAGAGGGGCCGGCGACAGCCGCGCGGUGCGCAGGACCGACGGCCGAAGCUCCUGCGAACUUGGGCGCAGAGUCGCGCCACUGCGCCCGCGGCCUGAGCGAUGAAGAUGGUGGCCCCCUGGACGCGGUUCUACUCCAACAGCUGCUGCCUCUGCUGCCAUGUCCGCACCGGCACCAUCCUGCUCGGCGUCUGGUACCUGAUCCUCAAUGCCGUGGUACUGCUGAUUCUGUUGAGCGCCCUGGCUGAUCCAGAUCAUUACCACUUUUCAAGUUCUGAACUCGGGGGUGACUUUGAGUUCAUGGAUGAUGCCAACAUGUGCAUUGCCAUCGCGAUUUCUGUUCUCAUGAUCCUUAUCUGUGCCAUGGCUACGUACGGCGCAUACAAGCAACGUGCAGCCUGGAUCAUCCCAUUCUUCUGCUACCAGAUCUUUGAUUUUGCCCUGAACACCUUGGUUGCGGUCACCGUACUUGUUUAUCCAAACUCCAUCCAGGAAUACAUACGACAGCUGCCUCCUGAUUUUCCUUACAAAGAUGAUAUCAUGUCAGUGAAUCCUACCUGUUUGGUCCUCAUUAUUCUUCUGUUCAUCAGCAUUAUCUUGGCUUUUAAGGGUUACUUGAUUAGCUGUGUUUGGAACUGCUACCGAUAUAUCAAUGGCAGGAACUCCUCUGAUGUCCUGGUUUAUGUUACCAGCAACGACACUACGGUGCUGUUACCCCCGUAUGAUGACGCCACCAUGAACAGCGCCACCAAGGAGCCGCCGCCCCCGUACGUGUCUGCCUGAGCCUGGAAGUCGGGCGGAACAAGAGCAACAGCCAGACUUGUCAUUCAUCAGAGCAAUAGUUCUUUAAUUUUUCUUCUGAGAUGAGCUCUCUGAGCUUAUUUGUCGCAGAAAUGCUACAGUUUAAAAUUUUAGAUGUUAAGUUGAAACUCUGUAGUUUGAAACCUAUGCUUUAGCUGGAGCACCUUGCUAGAGUAGCUGUAGAAAUUCUCUCUGUGGGGUGGGGUGGGGUGGGCUCCCCUAGUUUUCCCUCGGCGUUGGAACACCCGACAACCCGGAUGAAUCUUGAGUCCGAGACGUCUGCUGUACGUGCUGAGCCCCGGAGUCGAAGACUUUCCAACGCUUUUCUCUUCACUCCCUCUUUCUCUUUUGAACAUGUAUAAUCAAGUCAAAAUUAGACAAUGCUUUUCCUUGGCCAUUCCAAUUUAUAGAAGAAACCCUUAGGAGAACAGGAAUGUUAUUUGUGUAAGGAGUCCAUAUAAAUACAUAAAUAAAACAAGAAUUUCCUUAGACAUUUA